AAAAAAAAGUUCCUCGAAAAUAAAAAGAUUUUAUAUAUAUUUUUUCCUCCUCUCCUCAUCAAAUCAAAAACCAAGAUAGAUCAGAGGCUCGAAGCGUGAUUCUUCAUCAUAUUCAAAAUCGAGAUUCGUAUUUCUUCUCCGAGAUUGAAGAGAAAACUGGUGAAGAUUCGAUGGAGAAUCGCUCCAACGAAAUCUAAUAAGCUUGCGGAUUCGAGUUUUUUUUUCCAUGUGCAGCAGUAAUCGAGUAAUCAGAUUCGCUAUGGAUUCCGGUUCCGUGAACUCAUCUUCCGUCACUAGUCCAGGCUCCAGCUUGAACGACGAGCCGCACCGAGUCAAGUUCCUCUGCAGCUUCCUAGGCAGUAUACUGCCUCGUCCUCAGGACGGGAAGCUGAGGUACGUGGGCGGGGAGACGAGGAUCGUGAGCGUGGCGAGGGACGUUAGGUACGAGGAGCUGAUGAGCAAGAUGAGGGAGCUUUACGAGGACGCGGCGGUUUUGAAGUACCAGCAGCCUGAUGAGGAUCUCGAUGCUUUGGUUUCCGUUGUGAAUGACGAUGACGUGGUGAAUAUGAUGGAGGAGUAUGAUAAGUUAGGCUCCGGGGAUGGGUUCACUAGGCUGAGGAUCUUUCUGUUUUCGUCUCCUGAGAUGGAUGGUUCCUCGGGGUAUGAUGAUCAGAGGGAGUCUGAGAGGAGAUACGUUGAUGCUCUUAAUAAUCUGGUUGAAGGGACGGAUUUUAGGAAGGUGCAGCAGUAUCCUGACUCGCCUCGGUUCAAUCUGAAUAAUGACGAUUUUUCGAUGGUGGAACCUUUUAAUCAGCUGGCUAUUGAGAGUGGAGGUGGUGGAAGUCAGAGGGGUAACGAGAUACCUGUUGCUCAGUAUAAUAAUCUUCACCAGCUCAGGAUCCCUCGUGUGGGUUCCGGGCAGAUGAUUGCAACGAGGUAUGGUGAUGUAGAAGGCACAUGGAGUCCUUACUAUUCUCCUCGGCAUCAUGGUCAUUUUCAGGAGUUUCCGUCUUCGCCUUCCUCUGCUCGUUACCGGAUGCCGUAUGGGGAAGUUCUUGAUAAGGGGUUUGAUAGAAUGCCUGAGGAUUACGCGAGGCCAGGUCAUCAUCCUUUAUAUGAGCACCAGGGACAGGUUCCUGAUAACGUGGUGUGGGUCCCGGCUGGAGCUACGCCGCUUGAGAGUAAAGGAGGUUUUCCUGGGAAUGUUCUUCACGGUGGUCCAAGUGGCUAUGAAGGGGGUAAUAUAUGCGAGAGCUGUCGUGUACCGUUUCAUAAGAACCAUCAGCCGUUUGAGCAGCCUAAUGGAUUUCAACCGGUUCCUUCUGCUCAUUGUGCACAGUGUCCGCCCAACAGGGAAGCUUUUAUGCUUAACGCAGACCCAAAGCCUCCUACUCCUCAUGGGGCUUAUGCAAAUGAGACUUUCGGGCAUGAAAGAGGAUGGAUAGGUCAACAACAGGUGAAUCCUAAUCCUAAUCCUCCACGUAUUGAUGAAGGGAGGCCACUUUUAUCUAAUGUUGGAAGACCAAGUGAUCAUUACACUCUUGAUGGUCCUGGGAUGAAUUAUCCUUUUGGCCACCGACCUGGACCCGAAAUUUCCAAUGAAGGGUUUCACGAUAAACCUCUUGGUGGCAUUCCCUUGAACCCGUCCAACCCUUCUGCUGAGGAACGUGGGUUUCACUAUGGGAAUAAUCUGUAUGCUCCAGGACCUGAAAGUGUUCACUCAGCAAGUCAUAGCCACAUCUACCCGCAGCAAAAUAUUUGGCAGAACGUUCCAAACCAUAUAAGUGGUGCUCCAGGCUUGCCUAUGCAGCAAGUCAAUGGCACAGCCAAUCAAACUGUUAUCAGGAAUCCGAUGGACAGUGCUUCUAGAUAUUCUAUUGGAGUGGAGAAUCAAAGUGUUUUAGUCGGUUCUCCACAAAACAUUUCAGGAUUUGAUGCAAUGUCUUCUCCUGGCCAGCCUUACUACCCAAAUCCUCAUUUUCAAGAUAGAGCUUUCCCUUUAGACCCAAAUUGGGUGCCUUCUGAGAACCAGGCUGUGCGUAACGAAUAUCUGCAGGGGUUUAAGCCUUUGUCAGGGCCCAUGCUACAGACAAACCUCGAUGGUGCACCAAUUAUGCAGACACCAGAUUGUGUUGAAGUGGUGAGGCCCGUGGAAAGCAAGGUUGCUCAGGGAGGUGAACACAUUAACUGUGUUGAUACUGGUGUUUCAGACGGUGUUCCUUGCCUAGAUAAACAUCAACCCUUAGCUGAAGGAAAGAAUGAUAUGGCAGAAGUUAGUCCUUCUGCUGCUGCUCCUCCUGAAGGGGCGGAGCUAUCAGUCGAGCGUUUGAGUUUCUUGCCCGAGUUAAUGGAAUCUGUGAAGAGGGCGGCACUUGAAGGAGCUGCUGAGGUGAAAGCUCAUCCAGAAGAAGCGAAUGACCCUGUGAGGCCAGAAUUGGUGGAAAACGAAUCAGAGCAUGUGAAUGCUCAAGUCGAACAUGAGGACUCUGAUAGCGACAAUCCAAACAAUUUUAAGAUUGAGCCAACAAAGGCGGAGGCUGAAGCUCUAUCUAGGGGACUUCAGACUAUAAGAAACGAUGAUCUGGAGGAGAUUCGAGAGUUAGGUUCUGGAACAUAUGGAUCUGUUUACCAUGGCAAAUGGAAAGGCUCAGAUGUUGCAAUAAAGAGAAUAAAAGCAAGUUGUUUUGCAGGAAAACCUUCUGAAAGGGAACGUUUGAUAGAAGAUUUUUGGAAAGAAGCUCUGUUACUGAGCUCAUUGCAUCACCCGAACGUUGUGUCUUUCUAUGGGAUAGUUCGUGAUGGUCCUGAUGGUUCUCUAGCAACUGUUGCUGAGUUCAUGGUUAACGGAUCUUUGAAACAGUUCUUGCAGAAGAAAGACAGAACUAUUGAUCGUCGCAAAAGACUCAUCAUAGCCAUGGAUACUGCUUUUGGGAUGGAGUAUUUGCACGGAAAGAACAUAGUUCAUUUCGAUUUGAAGUGCGAGAAUCUUCUAGUGAACAUGAGAGAUCCUCAGCGUCCUGUGUGCAAGAUCGGUGAUUUGGGUUUAUCUAAGGUGAAACAGAAGACUUUAGUGUCUGGAGGUGUUCGCGGAACAUUGCCAUGGAUGGCACCGGAGCUCUUGAGUGGCAAAAGCAACAUGGUCUCUGAAAAGAUCGAUGUUUACUCGUUUGGGAUUGUAAUGUGGGAAUUGCUCACUGGUGAAGAGCCUUACGCAGAUAUGCACUGUGCUUCUAUAAUAGGAGGAAUAGUGAAUAAUACAUUGCGUCCGAAGAUCCCACAGUGGUGUGAUCCAGAGUGGAAAGGAUUGAUGGAAAGUUGUUGGGCAUCUGAGCCAACAGAGAGACCAUCCUUUGCUGAUAUAUCGCAGAAGCUCAGGAAUAUGGCUGCUGCUAUGAAUUUGAAAUAAACAAAUAAUGAGAGAAGAAUAAAGGUGAUUGUUGAUGAUGAUGAAGAAAAAGAAGAUGGCGAUGGUGCAGGGCUUCUAUUUACUUUGGGUUUUUAUAAAAAGUAUAGUUAAGCCUAUUUUAAGUUACCACUUGGUUUUGCGGUUGGAACGCGAAUACUAGCGUUUUUAUUGGUAUAUAUAAGUUAAAAUCUUGAAUUUAGAGGAUUUUGUUAUGGAUCAAGCAAUGUGUUAGUUGCUGCACUUGAGGAUCAUUGAGCUCUCUGUCUCUGGUUCAUAUUGUUUUCUUCUUUCUA